AUGGUUGCCAGACCCGUUAACCUCAUCCUUCGGGGAUUGCAGUUCUUCUUCAUCCUCGUCAUCAUGGCCCUCAUUGGCAAUGUCAUUGCCAUGGCCUUCGCCGGCAACCCAUCCCUGGUCAACUACGACAUGUUCGUAGCAGCAUUUUCCAUGCUAUCGCUCUUCUACCUAUUUGCGGCUGCAUGGAGCGAUUCCUUCGUUGGACACCCGAUCAUCCCGAUUGUCCUCGAUGCUCUCAACGUCCUUUUCCUCUUCUGCGCCGCCGUUGCCACGGCUGCCGAGCUUGGCGUGCACUCCUGCAGCAACAGCAACUACACCAAGUCCAACAAACUCACCAAUGGCGCCAACGACAGGUCCGGUCGAUGCCACGAGCUGCAAGCUGCCUGCGCCUUCUUCUGGUUCGCUUGGGCCGCGUGGACCGCCAGCUUCGUCUUCUCGCUGCUUGGCGCUGGCAGCAGUGGUGUCAACAUGAGAAUGGGCAGACGUGGCCCUGCCAUGUCCCAGGUGUAA